AUGUAUGGCCGUCUGGACGUACUCCACGCCAAGCUGAUUGAGCUGAAGAACGAGGUGGAUCUUGUUCUUGCAGUUGGCCAAUUCCUACCGCCGAACCCACUGUGUAGCCGCAUUACGCAGUAUGUCGGCUCUGCCGCUACGCGCACUCUGCCCGUGCCUGUCUAUUUCAUCGACUGUGCCUCUGAGGUCUUCAUAAAGAAGCAUGAGGUUGACAGGAAGCCAAUACUCCUUUCGCAAAACCUCACUUUUUUGGGGUCAUGUGGAAUAACUGAACUUGCAGGCCUGCGAAUUGCCUACCUCUCAGGCAGCUAUGAUGAAGAUGUUUUCAAGCAGAAGUGGGGACGUGGGAUGUUCACCAAAGCUAACUACACAUCAGCAGCUGUAGAGAGAAUCGAAAAACAGGCCUUCUUGAUGCGGCAAAGAGGGGAGAGCAUUGACAUUUUGCUGACUAGUGAGUGGCCCUCCAAGGUGUGGUCAUCGCAAUCAAGGGCCUGGAUCGCACCGGUUGUCAACAAAAGUUGCUCUAGCCCUGCAGUGUCGAAGCUGGUUGCUAACCUCCGACCUCAGUAUCAUAUAUGUGGUCUUGCAGAUCGGUUCCACAGAGCCAGUAUUGGGAAAAAGGGAAGAUCUAUAGCCUUGGCCCAUGUUCGAGAUCGGCCAACCUUUGACAACCAAUUGCUGUGGUGGUGUGACACGCUUUCGGUCCGGCCAACCCCCAAGAAAGCCAUCGGGCCCGUCAUCGUUGAUAUUGAGGAUGAUGACCUCGAGAUACUGCCUAAAGCUGAACUUCAGGUGAUGAAGUCAAAAGCCGAGAGUGAAGCUGAAGCCUUGGAGUGA